CACGCUCUCAUGGCAUUUUUGGGCCUCAUCAAUUACUGUCGUCAAUGGAUCCCUGACUGUUCAAUCUAUGACAAGUGUUUGCGUUCAGCUAUAAGUCACUCAGAUCCUUUGACUCAGCCCCUGGUCUGGACUGAGGACAUGCUAACGGCCUUCAAGGCUCUGAAGCAAGCUUUGUGCUCCGCCCCUGCUCUCGGGCUGCCGAACUAUCGUUUGCCGUUUCACCUGUAUGUGUGCAAUCAGAAGGGGACCGCCUCUGGGGUGCUGGCUCAGGAGCACGGGGGGGGCAUGCGACCUUGCGCGUUUCUGUCUAAAACUCUUGACGCUGUGGCACAAGGGCUUCCUGGCUGUCUUAGGGCUGUUGCUGCGUGUGCUCUCAUGGUCACGGACGCUGAAAAACUUGUUUUGUCGCAUCCGCUCAUUUUACACACUUCACAUGACGUCGUGUACAUUCUGCGGAAUCUUAGCACUCAGCAUUUGUCUGCUCAGCGUCGCUCUGGCUAUGAGUUUAUUCUUUUGGCCACAGAGCAUCUCACUGUUAAGCCCUCCUCGUCGUUUGAUUCUGUCGCCCACGCUCUUCAGCGUCUUCUUAACUCACAGGAUGACGAUGUUGCGUUUGACUCACAUGACUGUCUUUCUAAUAUCGUUUUUGAGACUAGCAUCCGCCCAGACUUACACUCCACCCCUCUUUCCACAGGCGAUUCUCUUUUUGUAGAUGGUUCCUGUUCCCGCCCUGCGGAUGGUGUGUUCCUGUGUGGUUACUCUGUUUGUCGCCUCCCUGAUGAAAUUGUUGAAGCUCAUUCUUUGCCUUUUUCUUCUGCUCAGGCUGCGGAGCUCUAUGCUUUGACUCGCGCGUGUAUUUUGGCUCAAGACACAGACAUUACUAUUUACACCGACUCACGCUACGCUUUCGGCGUGGCGCACGACUUCGGCCGCAUUUGGGCGUCUCGGGGGUUUACGACAGCCGACGAAAGUUGCUGUGACAAUAGCUGACGGCCUUUUCAGGGAUCCCCUUCCAGCAUCUGGAGCAAUCCAGUUUCGGCUGAUCUACAAAGAGGGGAUGGUUGGUGAGUCUUGCAAAGUUCUGGGCUGAAGAGUCUGAAAUGCACGGGAGCCUGUGACAUUUUUCGCCGUCUGCACCCUGUGAGCAUUAGAGAACAAAGUCAGUGACCAGUAUGACUUUCUUCAUCAUCGUGCUGAUCUCAACGCUUGGGGCAGGGUUACCCGCACAAGCAAUACACCGGGACCCAAGGGAUAACGAGUUUUAGAAAUAUGUAAACUUCACUGUAAAAACAUCAAUGAAUAUGAGUAAACCCUGUUAUGUGUGUUCUUUGUUACCCCAUGACAGCAGCGAUCCUUUUCCGGUCCGAAUAGCCCCGUCUAACUACUCUGAGGUUAAUAUGAUGAUCUCGCACACAGGUUAUGUCCCUGUGUCGGCCAAGACUGGGGUGUGAAUAAUACUCUGGGCUUGCGUCAGAGUAUUAAAGAGGGGAUUGUAAGAAUAUAAUCCUGAAUACUCCUAAACCUACUCUUGUAAAUGCGCGGCCCAAGGGUGACUGUCGUUUAGUGUAGCAGUUUAGGGUUUACUUUAGGCCAGCUACAAUACAGUACGUGCUGCUCUGUACAUUUUGCAUUUCCACAUGUUCUGUUCCCGUUUCAUAUCUUGAUUUUGUCUAUGUUUUUGUGUGAAACAUUCUGUUGAACUGUGCAUAACUCUUGUGUGACCUUGAUACUGAGUGUGCAAAGCACAUUCCGUAACUUUCCACUGCUGAUACUCCCUACGCAGAGUAUAUAAAGCCCC